AUGGAACUGAGAAUCAUACUGAAUGGUACAACAACAAACAAUGCAUUACAUGAAUGGCAAAGUACGUUGUUGAACUUAUAUGAUGCAAAGAGCUGGCUUAAAUUAUGUUCUAUAGUGUUUACACUCUGCUUUAUUAAUUAUAUCAGUAGUAUUUUGGUCCUUACCUAUCUGAAAGUACACACCUUCCAUGAGAUCCCACGUUACAUCUUAUUCAUUCACAUGAUUAUUAACGAUACCAUUCAGCUUUCAAUUGUAUUGCUGCUACAUGUGCUGACAAAUUUCCUAGUGAUGGUGUUUCCCCUGCUCUGCUUCUUAAUCAUAACAAUUGCCAGUAUCACAAGUGUCAAUACACUUUGGAAUGUUGCAGUAAUGGCUGUUGAGCGAUUUUUAGCAAUCUGCUAUCCUCUGAGACACUCGGCUCUCUGCACCGUUCGGAGAUCCUACAUAGCCAUAGCAGGGAUCUGGUGUAUUAGCAUCAUACCAGGGAUAAGUGAUUUAUUUGUUGUGGUUGCAAUAGAGACUGAAAGCUACUUCCAUGUUCCCAUUUACUGUUCUCGCGAGAUGAUGAUAAGAUCUCCUUACCAGGAAGUCAGAAGAAUUUCCAUCACAGCCAUGUAUGGCUGUGCAGUAUGGCUUAUUGUUAUAUAUACAUACGUUAGAAUAGUGUUAGUAGCACGAGCAGCCACUUCUGGCAGGUCAUUAAUUAUGAAGGCAAGGAACACAGUGCUCCUACAUGUGAGUCACUUGGCACUUGCCAUGGUGGCCUUCAUGACCCCUGUUAUUGAAAGCAUCAUUAAGAUCUUGUUUCCAAAUUACUUUUCAGAUCUUCGGUAUGUAAAUCUUUACAUCUGCUUUGUAAUACCCAGAUUUAUAAGCCCUCUUAUUUAUGGGAUCAGGGAUCAGCACUUCAGAAAGCACCUGAAGCACCAGUUUCUGUGCAGAAGCAUGCAGAUGGAUGCAGAUGAAAGAAUAGCACAUUAA